CUAACGGUCACUCUAACGGUCACUCAAAUGGGGGAGCACACCGUGAUUCGGCUCCUUUAGAUAAUAUUGUGGUUCUUCACGCCAAGUUGGCGUCUUUGAUCUGCGCAAUCGCCGCCCUCCUUUUUGCCUACUCCUCGACGGGGAGCAACCUCCCAGUCGAAAAGCGGUUCUGGGCAUUCUGUGCUUUCGAGGCAUGUGUUGGAGCCUACUAUCCUGUGAUGGGAAUGUUAAGGGGAUCCCUUGUGCCCAACGAAGUCCGAGCCACGCUCUCUUCAUUAUUCCGCAUGCCUCUCAACAUCUUUGUGACUGUGGCAUUGAUGACGGGUGUUUCCUCAGCUCGUCACUUAGUCUUUGCGGGAUGCUCUAUAGGUUUGGUGCUGGCCUCUAUCUCAUGCGCCCUCAUCCUCGUAAAACGCGGCGAAGAUUCAGCGUCGCCCUCAAGUUCGGGAGAAAAUGGGAAUACAGAGCGCGAACACUCUUACACGGAUUAG